AUGAUUGAGAUUCGUUCAGUACUAGAUGACAGGGUAAAGGAUGCUCUUCUCAACAAAUAUGGCUACAAGGAAUAUAACGCCGUUACUACAGGGAUUAACAUACUACAACAAAAGAUCAAGUGCUGCGGUUACACAGAACCGGGAGAUUGGGCUGUAUCAGCCUACUUCAAAGACGCUGACAAGGCCACCGAGCGUGGAACCAGCAAAAUGCCUAUAUCAUGUUGCAAGGAUAUGCUUGUAUCCGGUUGCAAUGAUGACUUUGACGACACGAAAAUCCACUCCGAGGGAUGUGUAACGGAACUAGAGUCUAUUCUGAAGACAAACUUACUUAUAGUAGGGGCUGUUUGCUUGUCCGUCGCCAUGGUCCAGCUGAUAGGUAUAGCCCUAUCUCUUGUAUUAUGGAAAAAAUCAAAAGAACAAGAGAUUUUAUUCUAGAAGACGGGAACCAGCGAAGAAAUUGCACGUACUUCCGGUGACCUUGGGUUUGACCUUCAACCAUGUGUUGAUUGUAUAGAAUUGUUUUGACUGUUUUUAUUGUGCAUUGUUGUAAAGAAUGAAAUUUGUUUUGGGAUGACAAGAUUGAAAAAUAGUGGAACAAGUGUAAAUGUUAUGUAAGAUAUUUUGCUGAGGGAGUUAAAACAAUAGAAACGAACGUAUGCCACGAGUAUAACGCUAAGUUAGUUAUUAGGUACAUACAUACAGUCUGGUCCUAAUUCUAAUUUUUUGAUACCAAAAGUCCAAAAAAGUAGGAAUUGAUUGAUCCGAAAUUAAAACCCGGACAUGACCAUAGGCAGUGCACUGGAGUUCAAUAGGUAGAAAUUCAAAAGGUUGAGAUUUGUUCUAUGUGUUUAGCAUUUAGUAUGAUUUGUAUUAUUAGACGGAGUUGAAUGUUUUAUUAAACAUGUUAAUGAACAUAUAAUAAACAUUUAAAUUUUUCUUUGACGUCGGCUUAUUGUGUUAGUUUUGUGUUACUCUGUGUUACUUUGUGUAAUCUGUUACUCCUUAAGUUUAGACAGCAUACUCGUAUUAAAGCGGCCUUCCGCUUUUAUUUUUUGUUGGAAAAACAUUCAUUGUUGUAUCAAACGAACUAUUUGAGUAAUUUUAAUUUGUCUUAAAAAGGUGUAUCAUAUCACUUUUAAUUAAGUCUCUCUCAACACAGCGUCCCGCGAGCUAUUUAUAACGUUUCUAAAAAUAGAAGACCGGGAAACGAAUCGUCAGCCUUACUUAUUUACACUGAAGUUUUAUUUUUCAAAGUAUUUUGAUAUACAAUCAACAGAGACGUUUUGGU